AUGGCCGCUGCUUUGACCCAACCGCUGCCUACCCCACCGGCCUUAGACCACUCGAAGCACCUCGCGAAGGUCCAUAACUGUCCAAAAUGCGGGACACAAGUAUCACUAGAGCAAGGAGUGGAGGAUGCGCAGAGAAGGAUACGAGAUCUUGAGGCACAGAUCGAAAUGCUAAAAGAGAAGGCCACCGCAGCAGUGGACAAAUGUGCGGACUAUGAAGACCAGCUUCGAAAUAUGCGAUCUGCACAACAGGGCCUUCUACGCUCAAACACCUCCGAUUCUCUUACCGCCGAUCGGGCUUCCUCAAACGACGAUAUCCGACCUUCCACAGCCAAUUCCACGACAGCGAAGCAAUCGCGAUUUUCCUUCCUUAUCGGCCGUCGAGGCUCUCCAGCACAAAGUCAACUGCAGCCUCCCACGACACCGCCUCCGCCUAUGGCAGAUACAGAACUUCUCGAGCAACUGGAGAAAGAACGAUCGCUACGCGCGAAGGCAGAAGAGAGGGCGAAGAAGGUUGAUUCAGAAAUUGAAGAGCUGAGCGUCCAACUGUUCUCACAGGCCAACGAGAUGGUCGCUACGGAGAGGAAGGCGAGAGCAAAACUGGAAGCUCGAGUUGAACAACUCGAAAAGAAGGACAAGGACAAGAUGGCAAGGCUGGAGAGGCUGGAGAAAGCGGUCUCCCGAAUCGAUCGCGUCAAAGCCCUGUUGGCAGCACCAACACCUGGCCCCACAGCCCUGCAACAGAAGAGCUAA